CGGACUCGACCAGCGCAACCUCACCGCUGCCACUCACCGCUCCCUGACAGGCCCAUGGAUGGAUGCGCCCACAAAGUCCCUGGAUUUGGGAACCCAUCAUCUGACAAGUCCGAGGCCGCCGGCCUAUCGUUUCACCAACCACGUCUUGUUGUCCAGCUGCGCCCUCGCACGCCGCGCAUCAACACGCAUUGCCGUGUGGUGCAGUUGCAGGGCUCGAUGGAGUCUGGGGCAGCGUGGGGGAGGGUUUUGUUUGGCGUGUCCAUGUUUUUCAUCCUUGCCGCCGCUGCCAAUUUUCACAAGCAACCGCCCCAACCGGCUUGCGGGGGGACACUUGACCUGCUGCUCUCAGUGUCCAACACCAUGACCCCUCCAUCCAGCAUCCAUUCAUCCGUCUGCGUCUGCGUCUGCGUCUGCGUCUGUCCAUCUGCAUCUUCAUACCACUUGGCUGUAUAUGCCUCUUCUAGCGUCGCCCUUCCCCGUCAGCCGCUGCAGCCCUGACCGGACAUUUUUUUGCCUUUGUGUUACCAAGCCGUCCAUGUACGUGUGUGCACUUACACAGUAUGUACUUAUUACCCCACGUAAGAGCAAACGCACAUGGGGCGGUACUUGAUACACCCGACUACAACCCCGGCUUCCUCGUUGCAGACAGCCACCCCGAGAUAACGCGCUGCAUUUAUUCCAAUGCCCUGGCAAUCCGCGACCAGCACCCCGGUGCCCCCAGUGCAACAUGACGUAAAGCCAAAGAUAAAACAUGAACCGUC